CGCUCGGUUGUACACGGACGCAUCGCGCGGUGACGUAGCGGCGACGACGUACGGUAGAGAGGAACGUCGUCCCGUUGCAUAGCGCGCGCGCGCGCACAACAGUGAAGUUGCACGCAGAAGCCGUUCGAACGAGAGAGAGCGAGCGAGCUGACGUUGGCGUGGUGCGGCGAGAGGAGGAGGAAACGACGGCACAAAACGAGCGAGAAAGAAAGAUAUGAGGCCGUGUUGGCGGAAGAGAGACGCGGCAAGCACGGAGCCGCGGUGAGCGGAAGGAUAGGAGUCGGUCGGUACGAAGGCGACAGCGCUAUAACGGAAGUGAGAGAAGAAACGACGCGACCGACGAAGUACGGGGGAAGAAGAGCGCAACGCCUCGUGACCAAUCGGUGCGCGUCUCGCGUCAACGGUACGCGGACUGCGCGGCGCCCCAUUCGUCAACUCUGUAGCUCCUGCGCCGGUCGGCUCGCCCGGCAGAGGUUAGGUUUGACGCACGGCAGCGAACGGUCCUUCGUUCGUCUUUGCGUGUCCACGCGCGCGAGAGAGGGAGAGAGAUAAGUGCCGUUUCUCUCUCUAUCUUUCUCUUGCCGCACCGAGUAGUCGCGCGUGCAUCGACAUUGUGUGUUGCUCGCUACAAACGGAUGAAUGAUGUCAAGCAGCGUGUGCCACGCGCCUCUGCCAGCACGAAUGGAAGCGUUCACCACGAGGUUCUGUCUGCGUGCGGUCGACCAAUAUGAGCGGCUUCUGCAGACUCGCUUCAACAAGCCCUCGAGCAAGGAGCAAACCCGAUUGAGCAAUCAUGACUCGGCGGCGGGCGGCAAGGAGCACCGUCGCCAGAAGGAUGGGUCCACCAGCAGCAGCAGCAACAACGGUAGCAGCAGCAACACCUACAGUGCCUUCCGUCAAUGGCGACGGAGCACCUCGAUGGGCUCCCACAACAGCCGGUCCAACAGCACCGGCUCCAGGGCGUCCCACUCGCUCGCCAAGUUGCCGAACGACCCAGCCACCAUACGAAAGCUCGAGCAAUUCCCCUUGGUCUUGUCGGACACGACGAUGCCAGACGAGGACCUGUCGCUCAAGUUCCUCGCACUGAACGCCUUGGAUCUGACGGCGCCGGCCAGCGACGUCCUCCUGAAAAAUCGACUGAAGUCUUGGUUCCAGUUGUCCGGACACCCGGACGGCUUCGCUCCCGCCGGACCCGGCACGGUCUGGAAGAGGAGAACGGGCGGCGUUGAGAAUACAGAGCGCGUCGUUUACGAGACUCUAAGCAAGGACGAAGAGUUGCGCGAUUGUAUUCCGAGAUAUUACCGGGAGGUCGAAUACAAGGGCGACACGUUCAUUGAGCUGCAGGAUCUGCUGUUCGGCUUCAACGAUCCCCACGUGAUGGACAUCAAGAUGGGUACGCGGACUUUCCUCGAGUCCGAGGUGUCCAAGACCACCGCCAGGCCGGAUCUCUAUCAGAAGAUGAUAACCGUCGAUCCGGGCGCGCCUACCCAGCUGGAGCACGAGCAGCGCGCCGUAACCAAGUUACGCUACAUGCAGUUCCGCGAGCAGCAAAGUUCGACCUGCAGCCACGGUUUCCGCAUCGAGGCGAUGAAACUGCCGGGCGCGCCGCCGAUCACCGAUCUUAAGAAGGUCAAGUCGCACUCGGAGGUGCUCGAUACCAUCAGGCAGUUUCUCGGCAGGCGCGAGGACACGCGCGGCAAGAUCCUCGCGCGUCUCCGGAAUCUGCGGACCAAGAUCGAGGAGUCCAAGUAUUUCGAGACCCACGAGGUAAUUGGCAGUAGUAUAUUUAUGAUCUACGACAGCGAGAAGGUCGGCGUCUGGCUGAUAGAUUUUGCGAAGACACGAGAAGUGCCGGACGGACGGAAACUCACGCACAGGCGUCCUUGGGAGGAGGGCAACCACGAGGAGGGUUUUCUAUUCGGAUUGGACAAUUUAAUUUCGACGAUGGAAGAAGUCUGCCUCUACUUGUGAAAAGCUUCCGGACGAGGCGGAAUUUCAAUUUCCCCGUGCUAUAAUUAACAUGUUUACUCUACAUGUACAUUUUUAACGAGUGAAGAAAAGUAUUUGUGCUUCAUCAUUUCUGCCAAAUACAUAAGUGAUAUUCAACUUGAGGCGACACGACACUUCAACGAGAGAAGAGGAUCCUGUGCAAAAAGCACAUUGUCGUCGAUGGCAAAAUAGUGGCGUAUCGCGGUACUCGUUUCAACUCAUCUUGAAUAUCUCUUCUGAUCCUGUCGCAGAAGAUAUCGACAUUCUCAUCAUUCUUAUUUAUGUCAUCGAUAUGUAUCUAUUUACGUGUAUAUUGGUAUUUAACAUGGAAGACUGCUUUCUAUUGCAUUUUACGCGCAUUUUUAUAAGAGACACACAUCUCUAGACGGAGUUUGCGACACGCAUUACUAAACGUGUGAUGCAAAUGUGUAAUGUACAAAAUGUAGCAUUUAAGGUAACGAGUAAAUGAUCUAACGUGUGUAAGCUAAGUGGAAACUUAUUUAUGAGGAGUGCUUACAGUCGAAUAAUAACGUUCUUACAUUUUUUAAAGAGUA